GUAUUGCAUGUUAAUGGUUUCCCCGUGGCUCCUGUUGGGCCAAUGAGAGUCUGAUUGAGGCAACAAGCAGUUAAUGAGUAACAGAGGAGAGGUGCAACCUUCAGCAGACAUUUGUUCAGCUCUUACAGUCACAAGAAGCUCAGAUCUGUUUGUUUAUUAGACUGGCUGGACUGGAUAACAGGACUUACUGGAGGCUUUUAUACUGUAUGAAGCUGUUUUGAAUUGAGGAACAGAGCUGAUAUGGCUGACACACGCCCUCAGGCGCCGGCCCCCGGUUCGUCUGCUAAACUGGACCAGGUGCAGGGUCAGGUGAACGAGGUCAAAGUCAUCCUGACGGACAACAUCAGCAAAGUGCUGGAGAGAGGAGACAGGUUAGAUGACCUCAUCGGCAAGACGGACGACCUGCAGGCGUCUGCCGACUCGUUCCAAAGAACAUCCACACGGGUGGCCAGGAAAUACUGGUGGAAAAAUGUUAAAAUGAUGAUCAUAAUUGGCGUGGUUGUGGUGAUCAUCAUCGUCCUCAUCAUCCUCUUUGCCACAAAGGUCAUUUAAAAGCCUUCCUGCACUCCGUCACCAGCUCAGGACUGAAAGCAUCAUUGAGCAUUUUCUUAGCGUUUAAUUGCACUCAUGAGAGCGUGUCUGAUCAUUUCAGCUCAAACGAAGAAAGAUUUCAGGAAAUGUUUAUGUAAAUUCAACACAAUUUUGUAGCAUCAGCUGCAAAUUGUUAAAAAAAAUUGGCUGAAAUACUUCUCUUAACACUCCAACAGUCAUUAACGUAGCGUCAUAUUAUUAUUUCACAAAGGAUCACAAAUCCAAAAGUUUAUUUUCAUUUUUAUUGCAUUUCUUUUUUUGUCCAAUUACCUGUAUGUGUAUAUAUAUACUGUAUUUUCAUGACUGUCAAACCUUGUAAUAACAUAUGAACUAUGUGACUGAUGACUAUGAUAAAGAGGAUAAAUUGUAAAAAUGCAUUUUAUGCAUUAUUUGCUACCACAAUACUGUUUAUAUAUAUAUAUGUGUGUGUGAUCUGUUCCAACCAAGCUAACAUUGUAGUUAUGGUAAUAAAUGAAGCAAUUCACAAACAG